AUGGUGUGUUAUGCUGACAACACGUUGGUCCAAACUUGGACGUUGGUGGUACGAGAUGCUGCGCCUUGCCGAGGUCACGGUGGCGUGUACUAUCCAGCCAGUGAGGAGGUGGGCUUGAGCGUAUCCUCCGCCAAGUCCGAAGCCAUUUCAUUUUACGACCCUUGCGGAGAACACCUCCGCCCGGCCUUUGCAUGGACAUUGCUGGAGAGAAUGGAGAGGCUCCGGGUGGGGCUCCAGAUGAGAUAUUUGGGCCUCACCAUCGACAGACUGUGGACGUUCGAGCUCGUGGUCCCUAAAGUAGCGGCCGCAGCCAACGUCUUGUGCGGCGGGGCCGGAGUCAGAGAGGCAUGGAGGGACCGUGGUGGGCUCCCGCUGACCUUCAGGACGACGCAGGUGCUCACCGGAUAUGGAGCAUUCGGGGAAUACCUGCUAAGGAUUCGGCGGGUGACGCACACUUGUCAUCAGUGUCAGGAAGAGCAGCACACGUGGCAACACACGUUGGAAUUCUGUCCAGCGUGGGCAGAUCCGUACCGUGUACUGCAGCUCGCCUCUUGUGAGAGUUUGGCCCCCUCGGCGAUCGCCCACGCAAUGCUGUGGGGGCAACAGAAGUACCUUGCCUUCCGCUCCUUCUACGAGCAAGUGAAGGGUAUGUUCGCGAAGGAGUUGGCGGAGAGAGUCAGGAAGCGACAGCGUCACCCGUCCAGAAUCCAGCACCGUAGGGGUCGUCACGCGGAAGGAGUUUCUGAACCUCCUCAUACUUGCACGACGGCCCCUAGUCCGUGGUGUUAG